AUGCGGCCGCCGCCGAAGAAACCAAAGGAAGCGCUGCCGGUGCCGAAGCAACUCAAGGUGCAUAACCCGGAGAAUGAGUCCCUCUCUCGCUUCUUCCUGGAGAAGUGGCGGGCGAUGAUGCAGGAGCCGGACGGGCUCUCGCCGAACAACUACCUCGCCUUCGCCAACGCCAACCGCAGCCUCUGCUCCUCCAAGGAGCCAAUCCGGACCCUCAAGGACUUCUCGAACGUCAAGGGUGUGGGACCAUGGCUCAUACAACAUAUGAAAAGUUUCUUUGCAGAGUCGAAUCAGGAUUUAUCUCCUGCAAAAGGUAAUGUUUCACUAUUUUUAUGGUUGACUGAAAGAAACCAAAAAGGGAAAAAAAGUUAUUUGCCAAGGAAGAACACUGCUGCUUAUGCCAUACUAAUAACACUCCUUAGGGCAAAGGCUAACGGGAAAUAUUUUAUGAUGAAACAAGAGCUUAUUGAUGCUGCUGAAGCCAGUGGACUGUCACGAGACGCGAUUGGUCCAAAUAAAAGUAAAGCAAAACAGAGUUACGGGAAGGACUGGUACACUGGUUGGAGCUGCAUGAAGACACUGCUAUCUAAUGGAUUUGUCACCAAGUGGAGUAACCCAGCAAAGUAUAUGCUAACUCGAGAAGGGGAAGGCACUGCACAUGAAUGUCUUUCAUGGUCUGGAUUAGAAGAUUCUCACAACACAUCUGCUAUGAAUCCUUCUGUUUCCAGGCACAGUCCUGAGCUUGUCAGCGGCAGUUCUCUGACAAAAAAGAAGAGCAGUUGCUACCGUCAAGUUCAAACUACUGGUUGUGCUAAACUAGCUAUGCCACCUCGUCGAGCCAAGGAAAACUUUCUUGAAGCUUAUGAAGUUAUUUUAAUAUUGGAUGAUCGUGAAAAAUUCGGGUCUCAUUCAAGAAAAGUUGCUGAUAACAUUCGUUCACAGAGCCAUUUUGAGGUAGAGUGUUUGCUUCCUCGUGCUCAAGGUGGCAGGUUAGACAGUUACCUGUGGGAGAUGGUAUUUGGAUUGCCUGUCAUAAGGAAGAUCACACAGAGUAUGUUCUUUGAUUUCAUUGUUGAAAGGAAAGAGGUUACGGAUUUAGAUGGCUCAAUUGAAGACAACCGAUACAAAGAUCAGAAAUUCAGGAUGCAGAAAUGCGGGCUGAGGAAGUUGAUAUAUCUCGUUGAAGGUGAUCUAAACAGUGCACCAAAGAGGGUUACAACAGCCUGUUUCACCACUGAGGUUCUCGAUGGAUUUGAUGUUCAGAAAACUACUGGGUUUGCUGAUACUCAGAAGAGAUAUAUUGAUCUUACACAUUCAAUAAUAGCAUACUAUGAUGCAAAUUUCUCGAUUGUUGGUAAAACUUCUCGUGUUUGCCCAACCUUUGAUGAGUUUAAGAGAAAGUGUUGUGACCUUAAGAAGAAAACAGUGAGCGACAUAUUUGCCCUUCAGCUUAUGCAGGUGCCAAAAGUAACAGAAGAAGCUGCACAAGCUGUUGUAGAGCUCUAUCCAACCCCUUUCUUACUGGCAAAGGCAUACUCGAUACUUGAUGGUGAUAUCCCUGCACAAGAGAAGAUGUUAAAGAACAAGAACGAGAUGGUAAAUGCAGGAGCAAGCCGAAACAUAUUUCACUUUGUCUGGGGUGAUGGAGGAAAUACUCUGGACCCAGUUCUGAACUAA